UGUCGCUAGACAGCCAGUGAAAUAAAAUAGAUUAAAAUAGAAAGCUUGCUUUUCUUGUACCUUUUAUUUAGACUACAUUAGACUACUUUGCCUUUGGAGAAAUGUAUCAAAGAUCCACUAAUAAACAAAGCGGAGGGAGCGCUCACUAUCUAGGAUCCCUGAAGGUGCAGAAUUGUAACUCUGCCAAGAUUUUUGGAACCAAUACUUAACAGCCUUCAUCAUCGUCUUUACUAACUUAUUUACAUUUUACCUAAAGGCAUCAUAUAGAUAAAGAAACUAUUAGGAAUUCAGCUCCACCCUAUAGUCUAAUCUGGAAAUAUAAAAUAUGACAGUGGAUGCCAAGUCAAUAACAAGCAAUGUUCGUAUACAUUGCUUAUAUGUUUGUGUGGAGAUAAACCCAAUACAAAGGAGCUGAGGUCCAACCAUAUAAUAUUUUCUUUAAUAAUGUUGUAUGAAAAUAUUUAUUCUGUUCUAUUCAUUAAAGUUCGGUUCAAACACAGGCUGAUGUUGAAAUAAAACUGUACACAUGAAAACACCUUUGUGAAGAAUGUGUAUGAAUGUACACCCUUAUAAACCUUUUAUCACCAUUGCCUAAUGAACUGUGAUGCAGUCUUUGAGAUUCAAUGACCAUUUCUUCAUGUAAUCUAACAGUUUUUCUGGAGUUUUUAGGAAAUUUACCAGCGUCAAUAAGUUGCACAGGUUUGUUGUCAAGGUGGCUUGACAUUCUACACAACUUGAGAUGCAAAAUCUUGAAAAACACCUGUUGUUUAUUUCGGUAUCAGCUGUGAAGCUGAGGGGUGUUGUCAGAUCUGGGAGGGUCACUCUCAUUCGAGUAAGCUUCAGUUUUCCUUGUUACUGACUUGGCAAGCCUCCACUGUCAGCUUCUGUACAUUCAGAUAGCACUGUAGCUAUAGGGUGGCGCUACAGUAUAAAGAGUUCUUACAGUCACAACUAAAUUUGUAUGUGGGUUUGCUCAAUCCAAAUAGCAACUCAUCAAGGGAGCAUCUCUCAGAGGACUCUUCUACCUUCCAGAGUGAACAUGGUGGACUAUGAAGUGACAGUGUCUACUGACAAUCGUGUUCAAGCCACGACUUUGAAUAACAUCUACCUUAAGCUGGUGGGCACUGAUGGGGAGAGCCAACGCAAAUGGCUGAUGGGCUUAAAAGGAGCCACAACUUUCAUCAGAGGAGCAGUGUCCACCUUUACUUUGACCUGUCCUGCAUCCCUUGGGAAACUGAUUCUGAUAGAGCUGGACAAACAGCGCCUGGUACUUAUUCCAGAAAGCGCUUGGUUCCCUGCCAAGAUCGAGGUGAAAUCGCCUGAGGGAAAUCUCUACAAGUUUCCCAUCUACCGCUGGAUUGAUGACAAUCAAACGCGUUACUUCAGAGCAGCAACAGCCUUGAAAGUCUUUGAGGACACCAAUCACCUGGGAGCUUAUAGUCGCCAACGAGAGAUGAAGGAGCGAGAGCAGGACUAUAGCUGGGCUGUUUACGCAGAGGGAAUCCCUCACUGUCUUAAAGCAGAUGACUAUCUUUCUCUGCCGGCUGAGGUCCAGUUUUCCUUCACCAAGGAUGCAGAGUUUAGGUUCACAGCAGCCACAGGUCUGGUAGAGCUGAAACUGAAGGGACUGAAUGAUUGCAAGGAGCAGUGGACUGACUUUGAAUCUAUUAGUCGUGUGUUCUGGCGCAAACGGGCUGAAAUUUCAGAGUAUGUUGAGGAACACUGGAAGGAGGACGCUUUCUUUGGCUUCCAGUUCCUGAACGGUGUCAACCCCAUGUUGAUCCGUCGCUGCUCUGCUCUGCCCAGUAACUUGUCUGUCACUGAUGACAUGGUCUUCCCCAGUGGUCAGUACAGCUUGGCAGAGGAAAUGAAGAAAGGCAACAUCUUCCUGUGUGACUACAAGAACCUGGAUGGAGUCAAAGCAAACACCAUCAAUGGGAAGCAGCAGUACCUGACUGCUCCUCUGGUCCUGCUCCACAGAACCCCUGAUGCUAAGAUGAUGCCACUUGCUAUACAGCUGAAGCAGACCCCAGCAGACGACAACCCAGUCUUUCUACCAUCUGAUUCUGAGUACGACUGGUUAACGGCCAAGAUCUUUGUGAGAAGUGCAGAUUUCAUUGAGCAUCAGCUCAACACUCACCUGCUGCGAACCCACCUGCUGGCUGAAGUCUUUGCAGUGUCGCUGCUGCGCAACCUGCCGAUGGUGCAUCCACUGUACAAGCUCCUCAUCCCUCACACUCGAUACACUCUGCAGAUCAACUUUUUAGGUCGGCUUUCUUUAAUAUCUGAGACUGGAGUUUUCACAAAGUUUUCAGCUUCUGGUGGUGAGGGAAUGACCACGAUCCUGAAGAGAUCUCUGUCCUCGAUGACCUACAGCUCCCUCUGUUUACCAGAGGACAUUGCUGAGCGAGGACUGGAGGCUGUGCCAAACUUUUACUACAAGGAUGAUGGACUCAGACUCUGGAAAAUCAUCCACAGGUUUGUUGAAGGGAUCAUUGGCCACUACUACAAGAGUGAUACAGAUGUUGAGAAAGACUCUGAGCUGCAGAAAUGGAUUGGGGAAAUCUUUGAACAUGGCUUCCUUUCCCAGUCAGGCACAGGAAUUCCACAGAGAUUCUCCACUGUGACGGAGUUAACCAAGUUCGUCACCAUGGUGAUCUUCUCUGGCUCAUGCCAGCACGCAGCUGUGAACUCUGGACAGUACGACUAUGGUGGCUGGAUGCCCAACACUCCCAGCACCCUGCAACUUCCUCCACCGACCAGAAAGGGAACAACAAGUGAGAAAACGAUGCUGCAGACAUUUCCUGAUGUCAAUGCAACAGUUCAGAUCAUGGCCACGCUGUGGCUGCUCAGCAAACAGUCCUCUGACUUUGUUCCUUUUGGCCAGUACCCAGAAGAACACUUCAGUGAGCAGAUUCCCUGUGAGCUGAUAAAAGAUUUUCAAGCAGAGCUGAAAAAGUUAAGUUCUGACAUCAAAGCCAGAAACAGCACCUUGAAACUCCCAUACCCGUACUUGGAUCCAGCAGAGCUAGAGAACAGUGUGGCUAUUUGAGUGUUGGGACAUGAGACAUCAUCAGAACCACAAUAAAGUGAAUUUACAGUGUUAACAGACUUAUGUUAAGAGGAAGUGAUGCUACACUUUGGGUCAAUUCCAUCUUGAGACGUGCUUUCACCUCGUAUCAUCAUUGUUUUUCCUUAAAAUGGUACAAUGUCAUCUUAAGAACAAAAGUGUGUGUUUGUACACUUGAAUGAUGGAAAAUUGAAUGAAUAAAGCAAAUUCAUGUAAUAAUAUUUUCUACAUUCUGAACUAUUCACUGAAAUGAUUCAACACGGUAACCUUAAAUUUUACAAUUUUACAUUGAUUACAGUACAUACAGUACAGUACAUGUGCUCCCAAAUACCACUGUAUCUUAUACUAGCUCAAGGACUGAUUAUAAAUUAUUGUACCAAGAUACAAUAUUGUGACCGUGACAGGUACCUCCCGGCGUUAACUCUUUGAAAAAUAGUUCCUUUAAGUUUCUUCCCUGUUUGCAACACAAUGCAAAAUAUAAUAAUAUAUAUUAUAUAAUAUAUCAUAAUUAUAUUUACAAAGGGUUUUUUACACAAGAGCGCUUGAUGAAACUUGGAACCAACCCUGAAAUACAGUAAGUCUAUUGCAUUAGACUCAUGUACAGUAACCUCUAGAUUUAAGCUUCAGGUAGUCCUGAUUUACAUUGUUUGUGUUGGUGUUUGUGCUUAGAUCUAACUCUAAAAUGUAACUAGGAUUCCAUCAUUGAGUUUUUGGUGAAUGUUUAUCAUCUUGUGUCCCAACAUGUUCCAAUUUUCUCUUCCUUAUACUUCACAUACUACCUUUAGGAUCUGGUUUUAGUAAAUGUACUGUAGCAUAUUUCAUGAUCCACAAAUCUACUGUAGUAAGUAAUUCUGUGAAAAAUUCUAUUAACCUAUGACUGUCAUAAUUGAACAACAUUAAAGCAUAGUGUCCUUCAAAGCCUUAAAUUUCCUACAUCUCAAUGAAAAGAGACAUUUAAGACAUUAGGGUUUGUAGCCUUGUUUUUACCCCCUGGGGGCCAACAUCAGCUUCUGUGACUCAUUAGCUGUGUGUUGUAAACACCCACACAAGAAACAAUUCAUAAACUUUUAAAAAAAGGUUUAUUUUGAACUACUUUGGUCUUUUAAGCCAUGAAAGUGCAAAGACAUCCUCCACCUCUCAGCUAAAAGUUACCAACAGGAGAUGAAACAGACAGAGAAACACUAUCUUACAGUAUAUAUAUUAUAUAGUGAGAGUUCAGACAGGGCACAGGUUUUAGACUUAUACAUUACAAAAAUUUGCAUGCAUCCAAAUUGGCCACAUCUUAGACUG